AUGGUUGACGAAUCUCUCUCCGUCGUCCCGGCGCAGCUCGCGUUCCUCACCAUCUACAACCCCUCUUUGGGAACGACAGACGAAACGCUGCAGGACCAGAUCGUCUUCUACUAUUCCUCAUCGCAGCAAGCUAGCCGGAUAUCGAACAGUGCAAAUGAUUCACCAAAUAUUCCUUCUACCGAGCAGCAGGGUAUCAAGGAUGACACAAAUGGGAGGUUGCGCAAAAUUGGCCUGGCGCAGGGCAUGGUAAAUUUCGCAAAAAAUUUCUCUAACGGCCAGCCUGUUGACAGUGUCGAGACUGAAAAGUCGCGCAUCGUUCUCCAUGAACUAGAGAGCGACUGGUGGAUACUGGCUUCCAUAGAUCUCACCCGAAUAUCAUCUCCAAAUACCAUUAAUGCGUCUUCUGAAACUUCUCCAUCCGUCGAAUAUUCCUCGCGAGAAAUAUAUCCUCCUCGAUCCCUCAUCCAACAACUACGACGAGCGCAUUCGAUAUUCCUCUUACACCAUGGCGAUUCAUUGAGCACCAUCUAUCAACGUAUCGGAAGAGAUUCUUUCUGCAAGCUCCUUGGUCGUUUCUGGAAUAAAUUUGUCCGUCACUGGCUCGUACUUCUCAACGGCAACCCAGCGGUGGAUGUUUUCAAUGGCGUAAAACUGGCUGUGGGUGGAGAACUUGGGAUUGGCGUCGGCGAAGAAGAAUGGGGUAGUGGUGAACGAGAAGUUCUUGAGGAUUAUGUUUCGCGCACAAAUGGUCUUGUUGAUCUCGUCGUCUCCCGUUUCGGAGAUGCACCGUCGCAGCCGUCAGCAUCGCCGUCGAAAGGAACACCAGGAAGAGAUCAGGUUGAACCUGAUAACUGGCUGGGGCUAGAUCAGACUCCACGGCCGUCAGAUGGUGUUAUAUUCUCAGGUGUCGGUGCUAUCUCGCGGCGAUCUCUGUCUAGUAUAUCGCAUUGGAUGGAAUGGAUCUAUAGAUACGGUGAGGCUGCAUAUGGCGUCGAUGAAAAUCCUAGUUCAGGUCGUUCUCGCAAGCAAAGAAGGGCUAGACAUAAGGCUGCUACUGCAUCUCCUCAACCAACGGGUCUGAGGAAGUUGGACCCGAAACCAGAGCCUCCAAGUGGGAGAACAUCACCGGGUAUCCCGCCGCCGUUGGUCGUGGGCACUCCUCCGACUGUGCAGAGCUUGUCAACAAACGAUCAAACUACUGAGGAAGGCGGAAUAAGUGCCGAAACGGUUAUGAAAUAUCUAACAUUGGGCUAUGGCUCAGCAUGGAAGAUUCCGGGCAUAUCAGCCAACGCGUCCAAUGACGCCACAAUAUCUGCAAAGGCUGGUGCAGAGAAUGGUGCUUCUCAAGACACAACAAAAAAAAGCGAUGGAGAUGCAACCCAAGGAAAAUUUAUCAUUGGUCUCAGAGAGGACCUUGAGGAGGAUUUGUCUGAUGAAGAUAAUCCGAAUGAAAGCGUCUUCUUUCUUCCACAGAAUCCAGAGGAUAAGAACAGGCGUACUCUAUUACGCACGCUACAGGUCGAGGUGGCCGAGUCAGCGUCAUAUGACAACGGCGAGGAUACAUUUACAGACCAAGUACACAAAAAACUCCAAGUUUUGGUUUAUGUGCGACAACCAUUCAUGUUCACAUUCCUCUUCGACCUCCACACACCAUCUCUCACCCUUCCAUCCUUCUACCGCAGCAUCCACCACCAACUCGGCCCCUUACAAAGACCACUCUUAACAUCCACAUCCCCGCUCAACGUCACCCGGCGAAUCUACUUCUCAGACAGCGACGCAGGCGAAAAGAAACGAUCAUCAUCCGUAAUCAACAACCCCAUCUACGAUCUUGUCUAUGACCCAGGGAAUCUGACAGUAAGAUCGUCUAUUCCCAACAUCCCAGAACCAGGUUCUCUUAGCCCUGGUCACAACCACGAACGACAAACGCACUGGUCCCGCCUCGAAGCGCUGAAUGUGCACAGUCAGUUCCUCAGUACAUAUAUCGAGACUCGCUCUCGACCCCUAGAAACGGAACGGACAUGCAAGACCAGUCGAGGAUGGUGGCUAAUAUGGGUUCGCAUCCAUGACUACCAUUCACUCCCAGACCAAAGCCAAAACAAUUCCUCACCACCAUCGAAAGAAGCCUUCCUAAUCCGCAGAGCAUCAGACGCCCUCUCAUCCACCGGCUCCGGCGGCGGCAUAUCAGGAGCCCGACACGGCCGCGAAGGAAGUAGCGGAAUCAGAUUCCUGCGCGAUCUCAGCGGCGCAUCAUCUUCUUCACCGGCCACUGGUGCAGCAGCAGCAGGAGGGUCUGGGAAUGAUAGUGCCUCAGCUCCGGGAAGACUUACGGAAGGAUUGGGGUUUGAUGCUCAUCGAUAUAUUGAGAGUUUAUUGAGUUUAAACCGAUGA